CCCAUUCAAGCCUAGGAGAUACGGGAGAUACGGGAGAUACGGGAGAUACAGGAGAUACGGGAGAUACGGGAGAUACAGGAGAUACGGGAGAUACGGGAGAUACGGGAGAUACGGGAGAUACGGGAGAUACGGGAGAUACAGGAGAUACGGGAGAUACAGGAGAUACGGGAGAGGGAGAUGGUUUAGCUGCCAAAAGUUUAUUUUUGCAAUUUAUUGGGGGCAGACUUAGUGAUUCAGGGGCCCGUUGCAAAAUGCUGCUGACCUGUCCAACCCCGAGAAAGGGACAUUAAAUACAGUAGUAUUCCUUUAAAAUGAUUUCUCAUACACAUAUUAGGAAGUACUUCACUGAUGAGAUGUGAGAUUCCACAUGAAUUUCAUUACAUUAGUUUGUCAGAGCACACUAUGGGUGUGACAGGAAUAACCACAAGUCAUUAUUUUAUGGGAUGUGCUAUAUUCCAGCUUUUUAAUUGUGUAGAAAAUUGUACAGUUCCUUCCUGAUUAGUGUAUUUAAUAGUCUGGAUUUAAACUGCUGUGUAUCUCAUGUAGACUUGAUUGUGUGUUUUGAAAUGGUGGCACAACCAGUCAUUGAGAGUAAGGGAGAAAUUACUUUUUCACACAGAGGAAUUGGGUGAUGCAUAAUUUUGUUAUUGAAAUACAUUAAUAACUAUAACAAAAUGUGUUAUUUGGUAACACAAGUUCCCUCUAUCUAAUAUUAGGUUUUGGUUGAAGAUCUGAUAACAUUCAGUGUUAACAAAAGAGCAAAAACAGAGGACCAGAAAGGGGGUCAAUACUGUUUAGUUUCACUGUAUGUUCAUGUGAAACCUACGUCAGUAUGCGGCUAACAGAAUAGCUUCCACCACUGUCCCUGUCACCAUAUCGGGCUAAAACCAGAUUAGCAUCAACAUACAUUAUUGUUUAAUUUAAUUUCACAUAUAUUUAAUUGUUUCCAAUUUCAUUAAACAUGAUAAAAUUGUAAUCUUUUGGUUCAUCCAUAAUGCAUAAUUAGCAUCAUCAACAGGGGGAACAUAUUGGUUGUACAAUGAUAAACUGUAGAAAGAAUAUAAUCAUUUAUUAGACUUCUUAAUAAAAAUAAUUGUUCAUAAAAAGAGCCAGAGAUGAAAGGCAAUAUUCUGACCACUAGGGGUCAAUGUUUUAAAAGGGAAAUCCAGUAGGCCUCCCUCUGUUGUAGUAGGAUCUCCAUGUUACCUCCUCUCCUUGGUAGAGCAACAUGCUCAAUACCUGUGUAUUUGAGGGAGGAUAUGGGAUGGUUAGCUUCAACAAAGUGAGCUGCUACUAGAUACUCAGUGUUCUUACAGCUAUGCAUUGUUUUAAAUGUUUCUUGUUUGUAAUGAGUUGGCUUUCCCACAUGAACAUGUGAUGAGAUACAUUUCUAAAUUUGCCUUGCAAGAGAUGAUACCCCUAACAGGGAUGUUUCCACCUGUAUGUGUGUGUCUGAAGAAGGAUGUUUUUGUAGUGCUAUUGCACUGUGAGCAUGAGCCACAUUUGUAGAUCCCAUUUGGAAUGGGUGUCAAGAGUGUCUGAGUGGGCUCAGGGGGCAGGUCAGAUCUCACUAAGCUAUCUCCAAUAUUGCGACCACACUUUUAGAUCACCAGUGGGGUUCCUUGAAGAUGUGUGCAAUUUUCUUGUCUGAUUGCAGAACAUGCCAGUGCUUUUCAGGAUUGCUUUCAUCUUCUCUGAACACUUGGUGUCCUUAUUGCAACAGAUGUUGUUUUUCUUUUUUAGUUUACUUUUUAGCAAUUCCUCUCUUGGUUUUUGAGAUAUUUUCAUCAUCGCAGCAUCAAGAGUUUCUUCCUUCUAGCCUCUGAUUUUGAAAUGAUUUGUCAUUUUCUUGGCAUUGCUGUCAAAAUCUGACUGUUGGCAACAGAUUCAUUUAACCCUGCAUAACUGGCUGUAUGAUAGACCAUUCCUGAGGGGAAGGGGAUGCAUACUAUCCCCACGUAGCAGGUUAUUGAGGUCUGUUGGCUUUGUGUACAAGUCUGUAUGUAAUGCAUCAUUCUCUUUGAUGAUCCAUAAGUCCAGGUAGUUAAUUUUUCUCUCAACAGUGAACAGUGAAUUUGAGAUAUUCAGAACUCUCGUUUAGCAGAGUUUGGAAUUAAUUGAGUUCCUGUUGACUUCCUUCCCAGAGCACAAAGACAUCAUCCAGGUGUUCUGGCCUGUUUUGGUCAACGAGAUUUGAUCGUCACAAUGCCAGAUAAACUGCAUGUACUGACGGGCUCCUGUAUGGAAAUCCCAUGUUCAUUUGAUGUUCCUGACCAACAUAAGAGUAUAUUUAAAGCCACAAUACCAACCUUUGGAGUGUGGAUAAAAAAAGAUCCUGAUGUUCAUCAGUAUCCUGGAAACAUGAUAUUUAACAGUAGUAAGACACUCAACAGAUAUCAAGGGGAGAUAACUGGAAACAUGUCCCAGAAGAACUGCACCACAGUCUUCUUCAAUGUAACCACCAGUUACUCUGAUAAAUACUUCUUCAGGAUUGACGGUCAACCAUACCGUGCAACAGAUCAUGAUUUGCCUUCCAGUCCCGUCCUUACUGUCUCAGGUGAGGUGAAGGAAGCGACCCCUGUCAGCUUGAACUGCUCUGCUGUCGCUCCCUGUCCAGAACACCCCCUGAGCUGACAUGGACUCUCCCAACACAGUUCACAUCUGAGAACCAACUGCAGGAGAAUUCAGACCAAACCAAAUCAGUUCUCUCCACAGUGACCUUCACUCCGUCAUAUCUUCAUCAUGAGAUGAACAUCACUUGUACUGCAGUCUACCCAGUAGGGACAAGCAACAAGACAGCUGAACAUAACAUGAUGCUUAACGUUUCAUUCUCUCCUAAGGACACCUUGGCCUCCAUCAGUACAGCUGAUCCAGUAUCAGUGGGCAGCUGUGUUAAUCUGACCUGCAGCAGUACAGCCAACCCUCCUGUGACAACCUUCACCUGGUUCCAGAUCAGUGGUGAUCAGUAGUGUGUGAGUUCUCACAUGGCUUGUCCUGAGAACAUGUUUUUUCUCAUUGUCCUCUUUAUAUCAGGUGUUUUGGCCUGUUUUGGCAAACGUGAUUUGAUCACCACAAUGCCAGAUAGACUGGAUGUACUGGCUGGCUCCUGUGUGCAAAUCCCAUGUUCAUUUGAUAUUCCUGACCAACAUAAGGAUAAAUUUAACAGCACAAUACUAACCUCUGGUGUGUGGAUUAAAGAAAACUUAAACUUUCGUGAGCGUCCGGACAAUGUGAUAUUUAACAGUAGUAAGAUGGUCAACAGAUAUCAAGGGGAGAUAACUGGAAACAUUUCCCAGAAGAACUGCACCACAGUCUUCUUCAAUGUAACCACCAAUUACACUGAUAAAUACUACCUCAGGAUUGAGAGUCAACCAUACCGUGCAACAGAUCCUGAUAAGUCUGUUGAAAUAGAUGUCAGUGAUUUGCCUUCCAGUCCCAUCAUUACUGUCUCAGUUUACAUCUGAGAACCAACUGCAGGAGAAUUCAGACCAAACCAAAUCAGUUCUCUCCACGGUGACCUUCACUCCGUCAUAUCUUCAUCAUGAGAAGAACAUCACUUGUACUGCAGUCUACCCAGUAGGGACAAGCAACAAGAAAGCUGAACAUAACAUGAUGCUUAACGUUUCAUUCUCUCCUAAGGACACCUCGGCCUCCAUCAGUCCAGCUGAUUCAGUAUCAGUGGGCAGCUGUGUUAAUCUGACCUGCAGCAGUACAGCCAACCCUCCUGUGACAAACUUCACCUGGUUCCAGAUCAGUGGGGGUAAACGAACACAGGUAGCAUCUGGACAGAGUUACACCCUCAAUGUGACUGUUGGUGAUGGAGGACUGUACUACUGUGAAGCAAGAAAUAGUCAAGGCUGUUCGAAAUCAAAUGAAGUGCAGCUGGAUAUAAAAGGGCAAAAAGAGCCAAAAAACCCAAUGGUGUUUGGGGUUGCAGCAGGAACUCUGGGGGCCAUUCUGCUUAUCAGCCUGAUCAGUCUUUUUGUAUGGGGGAGAAACUCGAGGCUCCACGAUGGACUUGAAAGGACAGACAGUCCACAGGGACAGAACUCCCCGGUUGGGACAGUGUGUACUAACCAGGCCACAGCUGGAGAGGAACCAGAGAAACCUGCAGAAGACCAGCCUGAAGAGAUCCACUAUGGUGCCAUAGACUUCUCCAAACGACAGACCAAAGAGACCCCAGCUGCAGCCCAGGACAGGGUCCAGGGACAGGAGAGUGAGUACGCUGAAGUCAAUGUGACUGGGAGAGGGGCUCAGGAACCACCUCUUAACAACCUAGAUGGGCUUUAUGCACAAGUCAAUAAAAUAAGUGCUUGUUAAUUAUUUUUCCAAUGGGUAUUAAGUGUUUUUAUGUACACUAUUGUCAUUGUGUAUCUGUUUUCUAUUGGUAUUUUUGUUACAUUUAUAAUUGUGUGCUCUUUGAUUAUCUGCAUAUUUGUAGAAUUUGCUGGGAUGAAAAGUGUUUAACUGUUACUAUAGUGGUGAUAUGAUGAUGCAGGCUACUCUUGAUUUUGGACCAUCUAUUUUGAGUGUUGAGUUCACAGAGCAUCUGUUUAAUGGGUUCCAGUAUAGAGGAACUGCUGAGUUCAACUAGCGCACUGAAGGCAGUUUAAGACCAUAUAAAGUCAAUGAUGACUGAGGAGAGAAGACACAGUUAGUUGGAGAGACAGUGGUCUGAUACAAGACAGGAAGUUGGUGCAGGAAGUCUACAUGACGGCAGAAUGGUGUUAACAUCUACUAGUCACUGUUUAUCUUCAUCUUUUGUGCAGUUGCCAGAAUAACAAUUUUACCUAUUUUCAGUUUAUAUCUUUUUAGAAUUUAUAGUUUCAGUUUUUAUGUUGAGUGUUAAACAACAGAAUCAGUUGAGGCUGAAUUUAAGGUUGUUUAUUAAUUGCACUGCAAUAAAAACCUUUACAUUCAAUUUC